AUGCCAGACCAGCUACUUAAACAUUCCUUAGAUAUCGCAACAGAGUCUACUGGGGGCAGCUAUAAGGAGCUAGUCCUGGCUUUGGAAUCCAGCGUCAUCAAUCUCGAUGACUCGAAUUAUGAUGAAUGGAGUGUCUCCAUGAAGAAUAUCUUCAAAAUUAAAGGAUGGGAUCAACUCAUAGAGACCCCAUGGCAUGACGGUGUAGAAGGAAAGACAACCAUCUGGCUCGCCUCCAAAUUCCCAGCUCUUGUUCUAUACAAUCUAGAGACCGGAGAGCCAGAGCCUUUACACCCAUGCACGGCGGAAAAAACCUACGAAGCCGUUUCACGACGCGAAUGUGUCAUUUACAUCAUCAAACACAUCUGGCCUCCUUUCCAAUAUUUUUGCGACUACAAGCAGAAUGAUCCUUACAUUCUGUGGAAAGAGAUUGAAGAAUUCUGGAACUUGGAGGAUUUUGGGAAUCGAGUCUCUGCGCGCUGGUGUAGGGAGAUCUUGGAAAUGAUGUCUUUGGGGAUGGGUCAAUCGAUUGCCGACUAUUUGGAGGAAGCUAAGGGGGUAUACGAUGAUCUCCACAGGUUUGGAGGGUCUAUGUCUGGACAGGAGUUUAUCGAUUGUUUUACAAAGAGUCUUUGGUGGGAUGAGUAUCGAGUCGUGAAGGAAGGGUGGAAUACGGACCUACUAAGAAUGCAAGGUUUUAAGCCGUCUGGUAUUGAUAAGCCCCUGGAAGAGCGACUGGGCGAACUGAAGAAGCAACUAGAAGUACAAGAAAAGAUUCUGGCUCUAGGGAAGGCUGAGAGGGAUAGGCUUUGGCUCUUCGGAUGGGAUGGAGAAAGAGAAAGACAAAGGAAGAAGAGAGAUGCGGAGGAAGCGGCUGAAAAGGAAAACAAAGAUCCUGGGGAGAAGAACAUAAAUGGGAUACAGGGUGAAGGCGACCCGAAGACCCCCGAGGACUCAUCUUCAGAUAGCUCCCUCCAGGGUGAUUCCCCAAGUAUCUCCAUUUACUUUAGUAGCCCAUGA